ACCUGUCAACUAUCUUUUUCCUCAUCUCCCUAUCUAUGUCUUUUGUUGUCCGCGCAGGAAUGAUUUUCUGAAGGAGGUGAAGAUCAUGUCUCGCCUGAAGGACCCUAACAUUGUGAGAUUGCUGGGGGUGUGCGUGCGGGACGAUCCACUGUGUAUGAUCACAGAGUACAUGGAGAAUGGGGACCUCAACCAGUUCCUGAGUGGACAUGAGCUGGAAGACAAGCUGGGUGGCAGCCCCAGUGGGAGACCAACCAUCAGCUAUCCCACUCUGGUCCAUUUAGGGGCUCAGAUAGCCUCCGGAAUGGCAUUUCUUGCCUCCCUCAAUUUUGUGCACCGGGACUUGGCGACCCGAAACUGCCUGGUGGGUGAAGGCUUCACCAUCAAGAUCGCCGACUUCGGCAUGAGCCGGAACCUCUACGCCGGAGAUUAUUACCGCAUCCAGGGCCGAGCCGUGCUCCCGAUCCGCUGGAUGGCUUGGGAGUGCAUUCUCAUGGGUAAGUUCACCAUGGCCAGCGAUGUUUGGGCAUUUGGUGUUACGCUGUGGGAAAUCCUCAUGCUGUGCCAAGAACAGCCAUACAGUCAGCUCACGGAUGAAGCUGUAAUCGAGAACGCUGGCGAGUUUUUUCGGCAUCAGGGCAAACAGGUCUAUCUCAGCCGUCCGCCCACCUGCCCCUUGGCCGUCUAUGAGAUGAUGUUGAGAUGCUGGGCACGAGAGGCCAAGGACCGCCCAUCCUUCCAACACCUGCACUGCUUCCUGGCUGAGGAUGCCCUCAAUAUGGUGUGAACCAGACUAGCACCGGCCGUCGGAGGCUGUGUUAAGACAUUGGACAGCACCAUAGAGACUGCUGGAGGCCGGAGGUGGCUCAGAGGCCCUCAUGCUCCAGAUGUUUUUUUGUGGGACACCUGGUUGUUCCCUCUGGCCCAGCCUUUGCUCGUCCAAAUCUCACUAUUCACCUUCCAAUAUGUGGUUCUCUUUCUCCCCCUGUUUUCUUUUCGCCUGAUCAUCUCGAACUGACUUAUUUCAUCACACGAUCUAAAAUUGCUAUUCUGAAAUUCUUACCCGACGGUUUGUUUGUUUUUCACUCUGUUAACUCCUAUUUCGCCUUGUCCUAAGCCAGUCUGUUUCUGCUUUAAACCAACGUGGUGCCUUCCUGCUGUGUGUAGAAACUACAAUUCUCAGCUUUUUAGUAUUUAUCAACCACAGAGUAAGCAACCCAGGUCCCUCCGUGUGUCUGUCCCACAUUCCGUCAAUAACAUUUGCAACAAAGGACAGUUG